UAUGCAACAUUUUACCUAAAAAAAUCAACCAAACUAAAAAUAACCCACCAAAAAACCAAGAAAAUCCUCCACAUAACAAUAUUCUUCAAUUUCCACCUAAAUAUAUGGGCCCGUUGGUUCUGACCCAAUUAGCCACAGGGCUAAGUGUCAUAGCUGGGGCUGCUCUUGUGAAGUCGAUGAUGGACCAGAAGCCCAUGUCUGGCCCAUUACCUAGGUGCCCAACUUGCAAAGGGUCAGGCCGGGUAUCUUGCAUUUGCUCUAGGUGGUCUGAUGGUGAUGUGGGAUGUGGGAGAUGUUCCGGGUCGGGUCAAAUGACUUGUUCUAGUUGCGGUGGUUCGGGCAUGGGUCAACCACUUCCAGUUCAGGUCACAGCUCGGCCUCCUCCAAGUAACAAUUGUAAUGGCCACCCUUUUUAGACUGGCUCCAUUUGUAAAGAAAAAUUGGAGACAAUAUAUUUUUAAUAUGAGACCAUCUUAUUUAAGAAUUUG